UAGUGUAGGAACUAUCGAAGCAUGUUCGUUCCAGUAAGACAGUUAACAGUUUUAUAUACUAUGUGAUUAACAGUAACGUAUAGACGAAGAUUAUAACAGUGUGGUACGAUGGGAAGUCAAGUUCAUCCAGGAGACGACCCAUCUAAAGACGAAGAGGGCGAGCUGCUCGCUGUUAUACUAGACACCUCAUUCAACUCGGCGCUAAUCGAAUCGAAUUCAGUUCCCCACUUGCUCGAUUCCGUGGUGACGUUCUGCAAUGCACAUCUACUUAAUUCAUCUAAAAACCUGCUGGCCGUAGUCGUCUGUCACCCACACGCAGCAAAAAUGAUUUACCCGUCAGCGAACGUGUCGAUCCAGAACACGCGGCCCAUCGAUGGUCAAAUGGAAGCACUUGCGUUCGCUUCACAGGUAAUUCGAGACGGCAUUAAAGAAGUUGUAGUGUCUUGGCAGGGCGUGUACAACACUGAACCUUUGUUGACAGGCGGAAUGGCUUUAGCAUUGUGUUAUAUUGCGAAAAAGAUGGCUCACACAACCCUAGGCAAGCUCCACGGCCGCUUGCUUGUGGGUUGCUUUUGUCUCCAGGGAAAAGGAAAUUCAACGUUGAACGCCCCCGAACCAAGUAUGCUACACGCGUAUAAAACUGGGAAUACAGAUCCCUAUAAGUUAUUAGACCUUGUGCUGAAGAACUUGUCCAGCCAGCUUCGGAGAACCUCUUCACUGGCGGUUGUCCAGUUACUGAUUCGAUUGCCGGUGAUCAGAAAAGGUGAUAAUCUAUCGAAGCGAGGUCUAUAUGCCAUGGUGGGCGUAAGGAAACCUUCUACUCAAGCUAUUGCAGCAUGGCUUUCACCGUCUUUGGCAUGGAAUAAAAUAUCUUUGUUUCAUCUAUUAGGUGUCUUCUGUUAG